AUGAGUCUGGGCUCGUCAUGGAUAUCAACCUUUCCUGGAUAUUAUCAAGCUCUUGAGGUGUUAAAAAGCAUCGUCACAAGUGCCUUGAAAACUGGAAAGAUUCCUCAGCAUGUUGCUUUUAUAAUGGAUGGAAAUCGUCGGUUUGCGAGAAAACACCAUAUUGAAGUCAAAGAAGGUCAUAACGAGGGUUUCAAUUCAUUAGCUGAAAUACUAGAUAUCUGCUAUAAAUGCAAUGUGAAGGCCAUCUCGAUUUAUGCAUUUUCGAUUGAAAACUUCAAAAGGUCUCCAUUUGAAGUGAAAAACUUGAUGAAAUUAUGCGAAAGAAAAUUCCAACAAAUUAUUGAUCAUAACGACUUGUGUGAAAAAUAUGGAAUAAAAUUAAUAGUCUCUGGAGACUUAAGCUUGUUGCCAGAUAGUCUUAAAAACGUUUUAACCAAUGCUCAAGAAUUGACAAAGAACAACUCAAACGCAAUACUAAAUAUUUGCAUACCUUACACUUCUCGAGACGAUAUAACACACUCAAUUCGAGAUAUUAAUGAAAAUAAUCAAAACAACAAAGUGAUAGUAUCUCCUCAAAAUUAUAUUGACUCUAUAGAUGAAGAUUGUAUAAGCAAACAUCUCUAUACAAAGGACUUGCCACCGUUGGAUAUAUUGGUAAGAACAUCGAAUAUCCAUAGACUAAGUGAUUUCAUGUUGUGGGAAACUCAUUUAACUGGUAUUUAUAUCCAGUUUCUAGAUAUAUUAUGGCCAGAGUUUGGAGCGAUUCGAAUGAUAUGGAUAAUAUUAAAAUGGAGUUUCAUACAAUAUUACAAUCAGUACUUCAAAUCGAUUUAG